AUGAGAACAGUGAUGGGAGAGCUCAUGUGUCGGCUCAGGCGAGCUGGGACGUCUUGGACAGGGAUGCCGGAUCGACAAUGGUCCCGCCGCCUCCAAACUGCUCCCUUUCGUGACGGGGGAUCUCAGCCCUGGAGAACAAACUAUUUUGCUGUUUUGAUUUCUGCCGUCACGGCCACGAUCGGAUACGGAAUUUACGUCGGACAUCGGAAAAAGGUGGAAGCGGCCACUGUCCCACGUAAACCAGAAACUUUGCAGCUGCAGGAGAACUCGCGAUGGAACUGGCGAAAUCUGAAACCGAUCACCAUCGAAGAGGCGAAGAAACGAGCCCGAGAUUUGUGCUUACGGAUAAAGGAUGAGUCGGGGAGUCCUGGCCUUUCCGUUGCCGUCACUGUGGACGGAGAACUCGUCUACGAAGACGGUAUGGGCUACGCGGACGUGGAAAAUCGAGUCCCUUGCGCGCCUCACACGGUAAUGAGGAUCGCCAGCAUCAGCAAGCCGUUGACAGUGUCGGCAGCAGCCAGACUUUUGGAGGAAGGGAAAUUGGACCUGGAUAAGCCCGUCCAGGAGUACGUCAAAUAUUUCCCCGUUAAAUACUUCGAGGGCAAGGAGGUGAAGAUCACGACCAGACAUCUAGUGUCGCACCUAAGCGGGAUUCGCCACUACUCCAAGACGAGACCAGAUGAUAAAAAGGAGGAAGAAAAGGAGUCGGAUUCGGAAGAAGGUUGGAAGAAGAAACGGAAGGGCGAAUUUGAUCUGAAAGAGUACUACAUCAAGGACCCGUUCCCGUCAGUGCAAAAGGCCGUGGAAAUGUUCUGCAACGACGACCUUCUCUAUGAACCCGGGAAGAAGUACCUUUAUUCCACGCACGCAUUCACGCUGCUAAGCGCCGUCGUGGAGGAAGUGAGCGGGGAACCAUUCACGAAGGUCAUGAAUAAUCUCUUCCACGAACUGGGUCUUCAAUACACGAGCCUGGAUGAGAAUUCACCUAUUAUGUAUCAUCGGGCCAGAUACUACAAGAAGGACGACAAGGGACGGUUGAUUAACGCGCCCUACGUGGACAACUCGUACAAGUGGGCGGGGGGAGGAUUCCAGUCCACGGUGGGAGACCUGGUGAAAUACGGGAAUGCCCUCCUGUACAGCCACAGCAGCGGGGGGAACCUCCCUCGGGGGCUCCAUCUCCCCUCCACCAUGCGGAUGCUCUGGUCUCCCGUCCCCCAAACGGAGUCGUGGGACCGGGAUGCUAAGUAUGGAAUGGGCUGGUCCGUCACUCCUCGCCAGAUCAACUACCCCUUUUGCAACGCAAAGAGGUUCUACGUCUCUCAUACGGGUGGAGCCGUGGGGGCGUCCAGCGCCCUGCUCAUUAUCCCCGACGAGGGCGAAGACGAUUCGCCGGUGGGGACGGUCGUGACGAAGCCUCCACCUUUGGGGACCGUCGUCGCGAUUCUGGUCAACAUGCAGGAGGUAGGACUCAAAGGCACGGCUAUGGAGAUCGCCCUACUCUUCCAGAGGACCCGCUCGUCUUGA